AUUGUGACAGCAGUGAAGUUUUUACAGAAUCCACGAGUCCGCCAAAGUUCUGUUGCAACAAGAAGAGCAUUUCUGAAGAAGAAAGGCCUGACAGAUGAAGAAAUUGACCUGGCUUUCCAGCAGUCGGGCACAAGCACGGAUGAGCCACAGUCCCCAGGUCCUUCUACACAGCUGGUGCCAGCUCAGCCCGCUCACCCUGUGGUGUAUAAUCCACCUGGCUCCAGAUGGCGAGAUUAUGGGGCUUUGGCUAUCAUAAUGGCAGGAAUUGCCUUUGGAUUCCACCAGCUCUACAAGAAAUACCUGCUUCCUCUCAUCAUGGGAGGCAAAGAAGACAGGAAACAACUUCAGAGGAUUGAGUCAAACAUUUCUGAGAUGAGUGGCAGCGUGACACAGACAGUGACUCAGUUACAGACAACUUUAGCAGCUGUCCAGGAACUACUAAUCCAGCAACAACAGAAAAUCCAGGAGCUCACCCAAGAACUGGCUGCUUCUAAGGCCACAACUUCCACCAACUGGAUUCUGGAGUCGCAGAAUAUUAAUGAAUUGAAAUCUGAGAUCUACUCAUUAAAAGGACUUCUCCUGAACCGGAGGCAGUUCCCUCCCUCCCCUUCGGCUCCUAAGAUCCCGUCAUGGCAGAUCCCAGUGAAGCCAAGCUCACCCUCCAACCCUGUUGUUGCCAACCAUAAUAGCAGCAGUGAUAUCUCACCUGUCAGCAACGAGUCUACCACCUCAUCACCAGUCAAGGAGAACCACAGCCCUGAGGGUUCAAAGGUCAGCUGCCAUCUGCUGAGCACGGAGGAGGGCAACAAGGCAGUGAUCGACGUCAAGAGCCAAGUGCGGAUGGAGGUGCAGGGUGAGGAGGAGAAAAGAGAAACCAAAAGGAGUGAAGAGGAGGAAGAGGACGAUGAGGAUGAUGAUGUUAGCCAUGUGGAUGAGGAGGAAUGUCUGGGUGUCCAGACUGAGGACCGGCGAGGAGGGGAUGGUCAGAUCAAUGAGCAAGUGGAAAAGCUACGAAGACCUGAGGGAGCCAGCAACGAGAAUGAGAUUGACUAAGGCACCCUGGCUUCUGCUGCUGCUGCUGUACAUCUUCCCUAGCCUCCUGCACUGUCCCUGGUGCGUCUCCCAUUUUGUGGAGAGAAGUGCCACUAUCCCCUCCAGUGAUUCUCCCAUGAUUGACCUUGAGUAGGGUCAUGAUUGCCCAGUGAACAAGGUGGGCCCUGUUUCACCACAGGGCUUUGCAGUGUUGCAGUGGCGUCUUCUCCCCUCCCAGACCCACCUUCUCCCCAUGAGCUGGGGUCACUGCCUAGGCUGGAAGACCAAUCGCCUUACCAUGCACCACAGCUACAGAAUAAGUCCUCUUACAAAACCGCCAUCUCUCCUGAAACAGUCAGCCUCUUUGCUGCAUCCUAGAGUCCUUCUACCCAAUUUCAGAAACCAAUCUGUCCCGAGCUCUUUGAUUUCACAAGCCUUUAAUCCCCACAUAAGGCCCAAACUAGUUCUGUUUCCCAAAAUAACCCUGUUU